GCUACUUGGUUUCUUACAAAUGUCAACAAGAUUCCGGCUGUUUGAUGAGCCUGUCCAUGUGUAUAUUGUGUGUGAACAUAUCUAAAUCUAUAUAUUAGCCAUUCAAUUCACUCCUUAUGAAUCAUAUUCGCGAAGAACACAAUUCUUAACCAUGGCGGAGGAUCUUCACGAUGGCGGGAACUGGUGUUGUUCAUCAAGAAUUGCACUUGGUUCUUCUCCAUGUUCAUUGGCAAUCAACGGUGUAGAAAGCUUUGGAUGGCCAAGUGAUCAUCAUAUGAUGAACAUGAAGACUACAGGAUCUGGUGAUAACGAGUCUGGUUCAGCUUCAGAUGGCUCUAUUGUUCUUCAGGAAAUGCAGAAACCAGACUCAAUCCUAGAAAUGAUGGGAAUUACCCUUUCACCAUCCACAGCAACUGAUAAUUGGAAUCAAGAUUUAUUGAAUGCCAAUGGAAAUUCUCAAGAAAAUUAUUCCCACAUGCUACAACAAGACCUCAAUUCCAGCGUGAAUUGUUUGCAACAAUUUGGCGUCGACUGUUGUCAAAUCCAUAAGGACUGGAAUUCAAGAAACAUUUCAGGGGUUGUUGAAGAUUUGUCCAUAAACUCAAUCAAACAAAUGAAUCAUGGUUUUGAGGAGCCCUUGGCUUCAAUAACUAGCUCCAAUAUAAGCACAGAAACUAGUCGAAGUUUUUCAACUUGCUUGCCAUUGAAUUCAGCUUCGUAUGGCUACACUUCAGCUUGGCUAGAAAGUUUACUCAAUACAGAUUCUCAGCCGCAGCAAUCUUUAUUGAAAAACUCGAAUAUGAACUUUAGACCUACUAAUUCUUUGCAAUUAUCGAAGAACACACCUCCCUGGACUGCUGCUGCUGCUGUAGCUUCAAAUGACACAGGAAAUUUUUUUCCUUCAACAAAAUCCCAGUUCCUGCCAUCAGCUCUUGAUACGAAACUUAAUCUUCCCAACCUUGCUGCAAAGGCAAACAAAACGGCUCGAGACUUGAACUCAAUAACAAAUAAAUCCUGCAAUGAGCCUACAUUCAAACGUCCGCGACUUGAAACACCAUCUCCAUUACCAACAUUUAAGGUCCGAAAAGAGAAGUUGGGGGACCGAAUAACUGCUCUCCAGCAGUUGGUUUCACCUUUCGGAAAGACUGAUACUGCAUCUGUUCUACAAGAAGCAAUUGAGUACAUCAAAUUUCUCCAUGAUCAAGUCAGUGUAUUGAUUGCUCCUUACAAGACAAAUGUACCUCCUGUUCAACGCCAACAGACUGCUGGGAAGCUUAAGAAUCAAGAAGGGUCGGAACUCAACCUUAAAAGCCGAGGUCUUUGCCUGGUGCCCAUAUCAAGCACCUUCUUGAUUUCAGCUGAGAAUACAUCUGACUUCUGGACACCAACAUUUGGAGAAAGAUUCAGGUAGAGAAGACUAUUAAGCAAAGGAAGAUAGAGAAGUAGAACUGAUUGUCAACAAGUUAAAAAUGGAUAAAGAGAAGAAUUGGAAGCAUGGAAGCCACAUUGUCUGCAAGUAUACAGGAAAAGCAUGUCCAAGAAAAAGAGAGACAAUGCUGGACCAUCUAAUGUAGGCCAGAGAAUGAUUCGGUGGAAUUAAUAAUCAUAAUAUCGAAUUUUCAUAGUAAUAUUUGUGUUUUAGUUGAUAAACGUGCUUUACGAACAAGAACAGGAACAAGUGCUAAAUUUAGCUGAGUUUUAGGACAGUAUGAAUUAUGGUUGUGCUGAAUUUAGCAGCUUAUGAAGGGGCUUUUGUUCCUGUUUCUA